AUGGACGCUUUGAGGGAAAUGCCAGGGUAUGCAAAAAUGAUGAAGGACCUGAUGUUGCAAAAAUUUGACUUCCAGGACCUGUCCACUGUAACUCUGACGCAGACCUGCAGCGCGGUAGUGACAAGGCCUAUGGCUCAAAAGGUGUCUGAUCCAGGUAGUUUCACUAUCCCAUGCACCAUUGGGAGUUAUGCUUUUGCUAAAGCAUUGUGUGACUUGGGAGCCAGUAUAAGCUUGAUACCCUUGGCAAUCUAUACAAAACUGGGCAUUAGCAUAGCUAAACCGACCUCAACGUUGUUGCAACUGGCUGAUCGCACAGUCAAAAGACCGACAGGAAUUCUUGAUGAUGUGCUUGUUCAAGUGGGGAAAUUUGUAUUCCCUGCAGACUUUGUGAUUCUUGACUAUCAAGUGGAUGAAGAGAUACCAAUCAUUCUUGGCAGGUCGUUUUUAGCCAUUGGGAGAGGAUUGAUUGAUUGUGAGACUGGAGAUUGA